AUGAGUCACGAGAUUGUCCCAUACGGCAAGGGCAAGGGCAAGAGCAUCGAUGAUGCCCAGCUUCGGAAGUUCACGAAACGCACUGUGGACUACGGUUCCGACGUGGUCCGAUGGAUGGAGGACUGUGUGGGGCGUCGUACGCGGCCGAGGCGCCUGCAAAGACACUACAACUAUACGAAGGAACUGGUUCCUCCUUUCGCGAUGCCGCGAAACCCGUACGACGGCAUUUGCCCCCGCUUCGUCUAUGCAGCUGUGAACAAGAACAGGUCGCCUGUCUACGUGGCGACAUGGUUCCCCAACGGCCGCCGCAUUCUCACUGGUACACUUGCAGGCGAGAUGACCAUUUGGAAUGGUUUGGCCUUUCAUUCCGAGAAUGUCAUGCAGGCACACAACGCCGGGAUCAAGGCGAUGUGUUGGACUCCAGACGAGGCCGUCAUGGUGAGCGGUGACCAGCUGGGCAUGAUCAAGCUUUGGGAUCCAUUCAUCUACAACUUCCAGACCUUCCAGGGCCACAAGGACUCCGUGUGCGACAUAGCAGUAGCGCCGACUGGGGAAAAAUUCUGCUCCUGUGCAGACGACUCACAUGCAAAGGUUUGGGACCUGAAGACCGGCGAAGAGGAGCGGGCUUUCACUGGUCAUGGCUGGGAUGUAAAGUGCUGCGCAUGGCACCCGACCAAGGGCUUGGUGGCCACUGGCUCGAAGGAUUCCCAGAUCAAACUUUGGGAUCCCCGAGCAUCCGAAGCGAUUACCACUAUCUUCUGCCAUAAGAACACCGUCACGCGUGUAGCCUGGAGCCCCCACGGCCAGUGGCUAGCGAGUGCCUCGAGAGACCAACUGGUCAUGCUCAUGGACGUGCGCACGAUGAGUGUGCGGAAGGUCUUCAAGGCUCAUCAGAAAGAGGUCACCUCUCUCUGUUGGCAUCCAGAGUCAGACUCCUUGCUUGCGUCCGGAGGCUACGAUGGUGCCAUCCAUUUCUGGGGCAUCCAUGGCUCCUCGUCGCCAGUGGAAAGCUUACCUCUGGCUCACGAAGGUCCGGUGUGGUCCUUGGCGUGGCAUCCCAUGGGCCAUCUCCUUGUGAGUGCUUCCAAUGACUAUUCCACCCGCUUCUGGUCACGGGCACGGCCCGGCGACACGUCCUUUAGCGACUUGCUGCCGAAGCGCGUCGGCGUGGAGCCGGCAAGGCAUCUUUGCCCAACUACCCGCACCUCCUCCCACUCCCGAGGCCAGCCGUACAUCUUGAAGGGAAGCAUUUCGACUGCGGCUCUCAAUUCAAGAAAGUGCUUGCUUGUGCAAGCAUGUGCAAGCGUGUUCACCAACAACAAACCAAUCAGCAGCUCCGUGAUGAUUCCGCGUGCUUGGCAGCUCCUGGCCAUUCUGAAUGGUACCCUGGCUUUGGCUCCACCACCUGAGCCGGAGCCUGCCGAGAAGGAGAUCGGCGAGAGCAAGGGAGAUGGCGACAGCACGCCAAUGGUUGGCUUAUCGCUGGGGGAAGGUCCAAACGCCAAAAGUGUGCUUGAUACUGCGGAUUUCGAUGCGGAGGAACGGGCCGAAAAGAGGACGCGGAUCAAGGCAGAGCCGGAGGACCAGGACCGCAAAGGAGAGGAGGAAUCCAAGCCGGUCAAAACGGAGGCCGGUUCAAGACUUGCACCCCCUUAA